AUGCUCGGGCCCUUUUCUGCCAAUAUAUCUCAGCAGAAAAUCGUUCUAGGCGUGACGGCCACAAGUCCGCAGAAGCGGUCUCCCUCACCAGAUCGCUUGCUGGGCAAUUCUAAUCUUCCUCUAGUCAUGUCGGCCUGGAGCGCACCUUUUGGUGGGUCGCCGUCCUCAGUAGCAGAGAAGCUUGUUGAAAGACGCUUUGGACCCCAGGAUCGUCUAGGCUUGAGGAUAUGGGAAGAGACUGGGAACAGUAUCGCUCGGCAUAUCUGGGAUGCGGCGGUGGCUUCGGUCGUAUACCUUCAGCAGAUAGUGGCAGGAGACCCUGCGGUCUCUGUGCCAUUGUUGCAGGGCCUUCUUCGGGGCGAACGCAACACUCCUCUCCAUGUUCUCGAACUAGGAUCAGGAUGUGGCGUUGUAGGGAUUGCUCUUGCUGAGCUUCUCCCUCAAUGUUCUGUAGUACUCACAGAUCUGCCCGAGGUGGAGGACAUUGUGACACAGAACAUAGCUGUUGCGAAGCCGGCCGAUUCCUCUGAGCUCGAGUUCAGCACCCUUGACUGGGAUGAGGAGCUUCCGAGUGACUUACAGCUUGCCUGCGCUAGUCUCGGUACUAAGCCGGUUAGUGCAAAUGUCGCCUGA